AUGGGGGAGCACUGCCUUGCGUUAGGCUAUCAGUGCUCCAUGUCACUUGGGAUUGAAGAUGGCCGGAUUCCAGACGGUGCCUUGACUGCCUCAAGCGCUGGCUGUGCCUCCACAUUCGCCCGUUUAAACUUGGCAGCUGCUUCAGUUCACAGUUGUUCAGUGUCACUCGGUAUGGAAGACAAACGCAUCCCUGACGGUGUGUUUACAGCUUCUGGUAGUUAUGACAACAGGCACAGACCUUCACUUGUAAGACUGAACAUUUUGUCUGAUGGCAAACAUAUUGGUGCCCUGUGUCCAAAAUAUAAAAGCACUAAUCAGUGGCUUCAGAUAGACUUGGGAGAAAUCACUGCAGUUACAAAAGUGGCAACUCAAGGCCGGUACAACUCUGAGGACAGGGUUAAAACGUACACUCUUUCAUACAGUGUGGAUAGAAUGCACUGGACUAGCUACAAACAACGUGCUACUGAAAAGAUCUUUCCUGGGAACACUGACAGAAACACUGUCAUUGCACACUCCCUUAAGCCUCACAUCGAUGCUCGCUUCAUCCGCUUUCAUCCAAAGACCCACAAUCAUAACACACCUUGCCUGAGAGUUGAACUCUAUGGCUGCCGAAAAGAAACCAAUAUUGCCACCCUUAUUGUACAUACAGACAUAGUUAAAGUAGAUCUGAGUCCCGGGGACGGGAAAUUAUCUCCGCCGGUUUUCGUGCCUGGGGACGGGGAAUAA